GACCUGAAAAAUGACGUGAACAACGAUUUGGAUAAUAUUCGGAAUAAAGACCUGGAUAAUACAGUGAACAAUGACCUAAACAAUACCUUGAAUAAGGACUUGAACAAUGACCUGGACAAUAUCCUGUAUAAGGACCUGAAAAAUGACAUGAAUAACGAUUUAAACAAUAGUCAGAAUAAGGAUAUAAAAAAUGACAUGACAGAUAAUCCGAUGAAUAACCUGAAAAACGAUCUAAAAAGUGAUUUGAAUGAUGACUUCAAUAGUAACCUAAAUAAAAACUUAGAAAAUAAUCUAGUCAAAAACCUGGAUAAAAAAAAAGAGAAUAAAAGUGAAUCAACUUUCUAA